UUCUACCAGAAUAUUAGUCCAAAGCAGCCACCAAAAAUUGUGACCUUAAGGAAUUAAGGUCAAACCUGCAACCAGUAUCAAAACCGUGUUUAAAUUGUUUUGGUUAUUGUUGUGCGUUUUGCUUCGCCAUUCACAAACCAACGCCAAAGAGAAUUAUGGGAGUGACAUCCAAAAUCGCUCCUUCGAUGCUUUCAUCGGAUUUCGCCAAUUUGGCUUCCGAAGCUCAUCGUAUGCUCAACUAUGGCGCUGAUUGGCUUCACAUGGACAUCAUGGAUGGGCACUUUGUCGGUAAUUUAACUAUCGGCGCUCCAGUCAUUGAAAGUUUGAGAAAGCACACAAAGGCGUAUUUGGACUGUCAUCUGAUGGUUACAAAUCCUCUUGAUUAUGUUGAACCUUUCGGAAAAGCUGGUGCUUCUGGUUUUACAUUUCAUAUAGAGACAUCAAAAGACAACUGGAAAGAACUUAUUGAAAACAUUAAGUCACACGGCAUGAGGCCUGGCGUAGCGAUAAAACCUGGGACAUCUGUAGAAGAGGUUUAUCCGCUGGUUGAAGCUGAAACUCCUGUGGAAAUGGUUCUUGUGAUGACUGUAGAACCUGGAUUCGGAGGACAAAAGUUUAUGCCAGAGACGGUGUAUGAUACUUUACUUAUAUUUUGGUUAAUUUCCCCCUCUUUUUCAAACCAGGUACGGAUACUGAGGAAGAAGUAUCCAGCACUUGACAUAGAGGUUGAUGGUGGUUUAGGGCCUUCAACCAUAGACAUGGCUGCAUUAGCGGGAGCAAAUUGCAUUGUUGCCGGAAGUUCAGUAUUUGGAGCCCCUGAGCCAGCUCAAGUAAUAUCCUUACUGAGAAAUUCUGUUGAGAAAGCCCAGUUAACAUAUUAAUUUGCUUGUAUUUAUAUAUUAAGAUAUUAUCAUGAAGGCGUACAUUUUGAAUUCGAGAGAACAGAUCCGAGAGAUAAGAGGGAUGAGUAGUAAACUAUUUUCAUAAAUAAUAGGAUAACAAUUAAAUAGCUAGACGGUCGAGGGCAGAGACCUCUCGUUGAGCUUAACUAAAUUAUUCAAUCCAUCAAAGUCUAUUCAUAAAUAAUAACAUAACACAUAUUCAUCAA